GUGCGCGCUCUCUCUCGCUCUCUUGCUUCGUUAGAACAGAAGCGAACGGAGGUGUUUCAGUUCUCUCCGAUUGAUAUGGAAAAAAAUUUGAUUAAUCAAGUAGCAAUAUUUGAUUAAAACACGAGUGAUAAUCAUUUAAAGACGCUGUGUCGAGGUUAGAGGCAGAGUUGAUAAAAGUGGGAGACUUGAGUCGUUUUGAAUUUUGAUUGCAGAGAGGAGGCCUCGUUUUAAUGCAUACGGGGUUAUCCAUUAAUUAAGUGUUUCAUAAAGAAGCAAAAGACGUUUUCGAUCGAAAAUCGAUUUCAGGAAGUUGAGGAUUGAAAUACGAGUGGAAACUGAGUUUGAACUACAAGAGAUUAAGACAGUCGAUCUCAUCCGUGGUCUUGGUCAGGUUUUUUUUUUUUCCUUGUUUUCUUUUACUUCGGGUUCGAGUUCAUCAUUGCCUUAUCGAGUGUGUGCUGAUACAUCUGAGAUGACGCUGUUUGGAAAUCGAUGUUUCACGGAAUGGAGUCUCUGGAUUUCGUCCAAACUCUCUUGUUCACGGAGGGAGUAAGGACUGGCGAGCCACAAGGAGUUUCCAACAAGUGCUACUGAAUGACAUCGACAUUGCUGUGUUGAACUGGACGGUAGGAAAGUAAACUAGCAGGACAAAAAGCGCAUUUCAAAAUUCUUUUUGGAAGGAUCUAAUUGGAAAAGACUGAGUGAUUAACUAUUCUGUUGUGAUUACUGAAUUCAGCCAUAUUCACAAGUUUGUGAAUGAAACCUCAAGUACUGAAACACAAAAUUUGAAGAUCAAGCUGUGAAAUUAUUAUUUUUUUUUUUUCUUACUUGAUCAAGGGUAUUUGCUUACAUGUGUUUAUAUAUAUUGUUUUUUUUUAAUUGAGAGAAGAAAGGGAAAUUUAUUCCUUGAAAUACAGAAAGUGUAUUCAGUAAGGGUUAAGUGUAAAAUUUACCUGGAAUCAAAGUUUCAAUCAAAGAGGUGAGCACAGAGUCAUUGAUACACAUUUUUUUUUGUCAGAACAAAAGUUUAAUUUUUUGUAAUUUUUUUAUUUUUUUAUUUUUAUUAAACGGUACACAGUACUAAAGAGUACACAAAGGGUUAAUUUCUCAUUUACUGAUGAGAAGUUGUGUCUGAAGAGAGAUUGAAGUUGAGUUUUCUGAGUUUUCAUUUGAAGCCCUUGAAAUCUGUAGAGGGAAAGAAUAUAUUGUCACAGCCAUUUGCAGUAAAAUAGGUUUACUUUUCAUUGGUUGAGAAAUAACGCAUUUUGUUUUUUUAAGAAUUUGUAUAAUUUUUUUUUAUAUUUUUUUUCUCUCUCAUUCUUACAAUUGUGGAUUUCAAUUGAGCCAAAUCGUUGCUUUUUGACAAAUAACACUUGAGUUAAUCAUCUUACCGUGUCUGAGUGAUUCAUUGUUGUUGUUGAGAUCCUUAUUCUCCGUAGGCGAACCAGAAUCUCUGAACACUGGCCAUAUUCAGAACCCAUCGUGUCUGCAGUACUUGGUGCAGCGGGUUACAGGAUAAACUUGGCGAGCCAGCCAGGAGAAUUUGGGGUGUCAUACAACAACGGUGACCUCAGUGGGUGAGUAGUGUAUACAGCGAGGUUGGUGAGAAAUAUGGAUAUUGUGAGACGAGAGAAAGUAAUCGUUCCCAAUGCCGUUUUAGUGAGCGGUAUAACACUCUCUGAAUCCGAUCAAGAUCUUGAGUCAUGGCUGAUGCGUUAUGGUAGCAUAAAGCGAACCUUGCUUAUUGAUAGCCCUGCCUCAGAAUUUCACAGACAGGCUAUCAUAGAGUUCCAAUAUAGAUCAGCCAUGGAUACACUGCGACCUUUGUUGCCAUUAAGAAUCGUUAGUACUUCUCAUGCAGAUGUAAUUUUUAAUGUGCGUGCCCUGAGCAGUGUUUACACACAUGCAACUGGUGAUGACAUCACUAGAGACUAUUUGGAGGAAUUGCAAGAAAUUGCUAGAGUAAGCGGAAAACCUUAUCAGCUUGUGAUUCAAGAGGAGCUAAGGAAGCUUAAUGCUGCUAGCUCUCUCAUUGAUUUGUCACCCACGCCUAGUGAUGGUCCUGUUGUAGCGGAGUCUCAAACUCCCCAAUUAUCUCAGUCACAGGGAGCAGGCGUGGAGGCACUUGCUUCUCCAUCUACAGACCAAGUGUUCUUUCCGAAUGUUCAACAAACCAAGGAGCCAAACCUGACCAAGACUAAUGGGGCAGAUGCAGUGCCUAUGUCUUCUGCCUUGUCCAUGGAUGUGUUAAGUCCCCCUAGCGUGCAGCGAGUAGUGGUCGAGCAUGUUGUGCGGACUACUGAUGCUGUAUCAGCUCAAUAUGUCCCUGUGCGUUUGCGAUCGUUCUCAGGAAAAAUCCCCAGACCCCCUAACGAACCAGAUUACGAUACUUGGAGGGCGAGUGUUGACUUCUUGUUGGAUGACCCCUCCAUUUCGGACUUGUCGCGUACCAGGAAAAUCCUGGACAGUCUUUUGCCACCUGCGACUGAUGUAGUAAAGCAUAUUGGACCUCAAGCAUCUCCAGCAGUAUACCUGGAUCUGCUUGAGUCAGUUUAUGGUUCAGUCGAAGAUGGUGAUGAAUUAUUGGCACGAUUUAUGACACUGUUGCAAAAUCAGGGGGAGAAACCCUCAAGUUAUUUGCAUCGUCUGCAAGUCAUGCUGAGUGCAACAGUGCGAAGGGGAGGCAUUUCCGAAGCAGAGCGCGAUCGCAGCUUGCUUAAACAAUUUUGUCGAGGGUGUUGGGAUAAUCGAUUGCUUUCAAAUUUGCGCCUUGAAGAAAGGAAAACCAGCCCACCUUCAUUUGCCGAGUUAGUAGUGUCUGUUAGGGCUGAGGAAGAUAAGCAGGCUUCCAAGGAAGAGCGUAUGCGUAGUCAUUUGGGAAUGAACAAAAUGAGUUCCCAGUCUGUUAAGCCAAAAGCUACUGCACAUCAGCUGUCCACUCUUGUUGCUGGGGUGGGAGGUGCAGCAACUGCUGAAGCGGAUGUGUCAGAAAAGGCAAUGUCAGGCAUUCACACGCAGUUGGCUCCUCUGAAAUUUUCAGUUUCUAAGAGAGGGCAGGCUGAUCGCAAGGAAGCUGAAGAAUUUUCGGCUUUAAAAACAGAAGUGAAUGAUUUGAGAGCGCAAAUACAGGCUAUGGAGUCGGUUGUGCCUAAGAAAUUGUCAUACUCCGACUCCAAUGCAUCUGAACUUGCAGAGUUAAAGAAACAGGUGGCUGAGUUAAAAGCUCAAAUGGUCACAAUGGAAGUGCAGAAAAACCAAAUGCAAAAAGCGAAGGGGUCUCAUGGAAAUUUUGAAAAUUCACGGUUCAGACAGGUUGAGUCAAAGGAAUCGAAGCAGUCUUUGAAUUUGGUGGGGGCAUGUCGACCUCGUCCCGGGUAUUGUUUUCACUGCGGUGAGGAGGGACACAUUGCUGUCCACUGUGAAAAUGAACCAGACCCCUCCAAAGUGGCCCGAAAACGCAGUUUGUUGAGGGAGAAGCAGGCCCAAUGGGACUUGCAGAACCAAGAGAAAUCGCAGAAGGGAAACUUCAAGCCGUCUCUGCAGUAGGGCAUGCAGAGAACGGGGUUGAGUA